CAUCGCACUUUUAAAAAUAGCGUAAAAAUAGCCAGAGCAGCAGCACAGCUUUCGAUAUAUCGAUAAGCAUUGUCAUUGUCUUGAAAUCGGAAUCGGUUUAUUAAAAACAACAAUAAUGAGUGGCUCGCAAUUAUUCCCAGUGAAUCUGAACAACCUGAGUGCCAAGGAGCGACACAACUAUAUCCUCAAUAAUUACGUUCUCAACUCGCCGGCGGAGGCGGAAUCCCGUCGCCACAAGCGGGAUAUCGAUGUCAUUCGGGAGAAUCACCGCUUCCUGUGGGAGGAUGACGAGUUGGAUACCGACACCCUGAGCUGGGAGCAGCGCUUGGCCCUGCGAUACUACAGGAAGCUGUUCAAGGAGUACUGCAUCGCGGAUCUGUCCCGCUACAAGGAGAACAAGAUAGCGCUGCGCUGGCGAACAGAGCAGGAGGUGGUCACCGGAACAGGGCAGUUCCAGUGCGGGAGUCGGCAUUGCGGGGAGCGGGAUAAUCUGCGCAGCUGGGAGGUCAACUUUAAGUAUAUCGAAAAGGGGGAGCCCCUAAAUGCACUAGUUAAGGUGCGGCUUUGUCCCACUCACACAGAUCAGCUGAACUACCGCACCAAGAAGCGGGAGUGCAAGAAGCAGCGACGUAGGGAAAAGGAGGAACGGCGCGCUGAGAAAAAACGUAAGCGUCGAAAGCUUGACAUUGAUCAAGAAAGUUCUGGCGAAGAUGAGGAGGAAACUGUUGAACCAGCAUCCGAGCCCCAGCCAGAAGCCAGCAAAGAGGCUACAACCCAAAAAGAAGACACCACUGCAGACGAUCAGAUUUGGCUACAACAACCGGAGAUUGGCCAGGAGCAGGCCUCCAGAGAGCAGGAAUUCGAGCGGUAUCUAGAGGAUCUCCUCUUUUAAAAUACAUAGCACAUUUAUUUGGAUUCAACGUA